AUCUCUACCGUUUAUUUUAAAAAAUAGUAUGUUGCUUCGUAGUUGCUCUAGAAUGAUAAUAAUACCUCGAUAGAUAAUAGUAAUAUUCUCUCUCUACAUUCUCUCUCUACAUAUCUCCUUUCUCGCUCACUCCCUCUUCCUCAAUCGCGAUCCAUCUCUGCAAAAUCAUCCCCAAAAUUAUCAAUUUCACGCUAUUCCGUUCAUAGAUUUUCUCUCUAAUCUUCGAUCCGCAUACUUAAUCUUUACAAAUUCAAAACCCUAGUUUUCAUUUCUUUUCUUUCUUUCUUUCCCUUUUUCAUUUUUGUAUCGCACAAACCCUCAAUAACUAUUGUCCCUUAGUUUUUCCUCGGACCUAAAUUUCAUGGGUAUUCAACAAGUUUUUUAAUUCAAUCUUUAUUUCCCGUGAAUCUAUGUUCUGAAUUUUGUUCAAGGGACGAUGAUGAUGUGUAUAUACCAAUUUUCACGUUUCUUUCGGGAAUUUCAUUGAAGGAGCGAGUAGUUUUUUCAACUUUUUUAGGUGGUGGAUUUGCUAGAUUUUCUCAAAGGAGGAAUCUUGGGAGGGUUUUGGAUGAUGGGUCUUGUUAAUUGAGCUUGAUCAUAACACUCUGCAUUGUUCAUCGAUUGGAUAUAUUGGACAUUGGUUAUCAACUUUGUUUAGCUUAAGUAUUUUGUGGAGGGAACAGAAUGGACUUUGAAAACGAAGAUCACAGCUUGUUGGAUCAAGCAACUGAUAAAGGAUUGCAAAAGAAGUUGAAAAUUUCAUACACACGAGAGUUUUUGUUAUCGUUUAGUGGAUUGGAUGUAUGCAAAGAGUUUCCAAGUGGGUUUGAUCGAUCACUUUUAAGUGAAUUUGAAGAUGCUUUGCUGGAUCGACAGAGAAGUACCGGUGCUUUAUCAACACAUAGUUUCAGACGCCAUGAAUACAGUGCAUCCCCUCCAACCAGGGGGGAUAUGAAUAACUUUUCACGGGGACACCAAGGAAAAUGGGAUUCUCGGUCUUCUGGACGUUCCGACAGAGACAGUGAUUCUCAAUCUGAAUGGGAUUCAGAUUCUGGAAAACGUUUUGGCAACCAGUCUCGUAGAUCUUUGCAAGGUCCCGAGCAUGAUGGGCUUCUAGGUAGUGGUUCUUUUCCAAGACCCACCGGCUAUGCACCUGGGUCGUCUGCUCCUAAGUUUCGCACUAAUGACAAUUACCCGCCGAAUCGGUCUAAUGAGCCCUAUCAUCCUCCUCGCCCUUAUAAGGCACCUCACUCACGUAGGGAAACUAAUGACUCUUUCAAUGAUGAAACUUUUGGUUCUUUGGAGUGUACAAGUGAGGACAGAGCAGAAGAGGAAAGAAAGAGAAGAGCCUCUUUCGAAUUGAUGAGAAAAGAGCAAACAGAAAAGCUUAAGAUGAACCCAGAGAAGGGUAAAGUGGAUUUUGACCUUUCUUCACUUAUUGACGAUGAAUCAAAAAGGCCAGUUACUCGAAGCAAUGAGUCAGUGGAGCCUUCUUUGACUUUAGAAGUUUUAAGCAAUGAUGAGAAAUCUUCUUCCCUUUCACAUGCUUCAGCAAGACCACUUGUACCCCCUGGUUUUGCAAGCACAAUGUUGGAAAGGAAUACUGGUACCAAAAUAUCAUCUAACACUCAUGUAGCAGAGGCUGGGCAACAUGAGCCCGGAGAUACCAGAGGUAGCCAUGUAUUCAGUAUAAAUCUGGAAAGUAAAGAAGGAAAAUUAUCAACUAAGCAAGUCGAUAACAAUCAACAGAAUUUUCAAAGUGCAGAUAUAAAUGUUUCAAUCAACAAUGAGAAAGAAAAUAUUUUAAAUUUAUCAUCUCUCGAUAUCCCCAAUAUUAGAAUUGGAAUGAGUGAUCAACUAAGAAAGAGAUCUGCUCUUUCAGAAGCCUUGGAAGCAUCAGAUGACAGUAAAUUUGUUCAACUGAAUGCUGAAGUAAAAGGAAAGGAGGCCAUAGGAGGAGCAGCUAUCAAUCCUGAGAGUUCCGAGUCUAUCCUAUACAAGCUUUUUGGUAAUGCUUCAACACUUACCGGUGGCAUACCAACUAGUACUGUUGAGCCUGAUCAUAAAGCAGAUGAGACAUGGAGUCCACAUGCCUUCCAAUCUUCAAAGUUUGCUCAUUGGUUUGCUGAAGAAGAAAAGAAGUCGAUUGAUGACUUGACACCCAGGCCAAAUGAAUUACUCUCACUUAUUGUUGGCGGUGAAAAGGGUGGGAUGCAGGUUUCCAAUGUAGAGACAACCCAUCAUGUUGCACCAAAUUUUACUUUCCAAAAUCCUGAACCUGCUGGUGAGCAUGUGGCAACAAAUGUAACACAUACCGCUAUUGUUAACUCUGAGCUAUCGUACAAGAGCGAUAAACCUGAGAUUUUACCAGCAGUUCUUACAUGUGAAGAUCUUGAACAGUCAAUUCUAUCACAAGUUAGUGAAAAUGGUUCGUCAUCUCAGCAGCGCUUGCAGGACAAAGAUUUUGGUGCAAAGACUGGGCAGUCAACUCCAAUUGAUGGUCAUGCAUCUGAACACCUUCUUUCUUUGUUACAGAAAGGAUCCUUACAUAAAGAUAUGGAACUAUCACCUGCUCUACAUUCUACUGACAUGGUGCACAACUCUGAAGGAGUAACUACUGCCAGUUCUUUUGAUAAUGCAGAGGAAGUAAAUGCAGAUGCUUCAAAUUCAUCAAAAACGUUGACGCUGGAAACACUUUUUGGAUCAGCUUUUAUGAAGGAACUGCAAUCAGUUGGAGCGCCCCUUUCUGUUCAAAGAGGUUCAAUUGGAUCAUCAGGGGCUGAUUUUUCAGAGUCUCAGAUGUUUCCUUUCCCUACCUCUGACAAUGUUCAUCCUCCUACUGGUGAUCUUACAUUGAACAGACAUGGAAGUGGUGUUUUUCCACAAGAAAAAACUCAUCAACCCAAAUCAAAUAGAUUUGAAGAGCAGUGGUUAGGUUAUGGUGAUUCUCAUGGAGAUGUUAAUUCAUCGCCUCAAAGUGGAAUUUCCAAGGCUGGUGGUUUCAAUAGGUCUCAUGAUAUUCGCUUCCCUGAAGAAGAUAGCUUGAUUUCUGUUGGUGAUCCUCUGCAAACCUUUUUAUCUGGAAAUUCAGCUAAGGCAGAUUUGUCUCAAGACACACCUGUUGAGAUCACUAGAAAACUGGCAGCUCUGAAUUCUGCAUUUAGAGACGAACGACUUAUGAUGAGAAAUCAAGAAGGUCAAGCAUACCCCCGUGGUCCUUAUGAUAUAAGGGAACCUGGUAUUCCAUAUCAAAAUCUUAACGCCCACCGACCUUCACAGCUCCAACCCCAUCAGUUGAAUCACAUUGGUCCAAUGUUCAAUCAACUGGAUUCACAUUCUCCUCAUAUUAGUUCUUAUAUGAAGCAUGCGACUUCUGAGGGCAUGGUUCAUCAUGACUCUCCAACCAACCGUCAAUUUCCCGGAAAUAUGCUUCGUCCUCCUUUCCAUCAACCUAGCAGUGUUGUAACUGGGUUUGAUCCUCCUGCUCAUCACCCUCUGUUACCACAGAUGCAUAUGCAAGGCAACCUUCCUCCACCACAUCUAUUACGAGGUUUCCCAAGGGGUGCCGCUAUGCCCCCUCAUCCCAGUAAUCCAAUGGCUGGUAUGAUGCAGGAACCAAACCCAAUGCAAGGCUUCCCAUUUAAUGGCCAACAACAUCCUAGUUUAGGUGGCCCUGGAAUGCAAUUGCAAGCUCCUGGGGUUGCUGGUGGAAGGAAUCAUCCAGAAGCACUUCAGAGGCUUUUUGAGAUGGAGCUUAGGUCAAACUCAAAGCCAAUCCAUACUUCAGGGCACAACCAGGGGAUUCAUGGUCAUGAGCUAGACUUGGGUUUUGGCUAUAGAUAGUGUAUUAUCAUUGUUGAUCUGUAUACUAGAUUGUAAUUCACCAAAUGCUGAUCUAUAACACUCCUGCAUGAAAGAUGAUGGGUUUACUUGGUUGUUUUUCUUUGAAUUUUUUUCUCUCACUUUGUUGUAAUUAAUGAAUUCUCUUCAAUUUGCAUCUUAUUGGGAUUUCAA